AAAAAAGGAAGCUGCGAUUCUAGUGGGAGGGUUUUAUUCCCGCCUGCAGAGCUCCAGGGACGCACGCAGUUCUGCGCCACAUGUGAGCUGCCAUGGCAUCUCCGCUGAAGAGUCUGGUUGAUGAUGAUAACAGGUACCAGACAUCCUUCCAGCUUUUUCUGGAGCGCUCCUCUGAGCAUCAGUGUAUGCAGGACUUCAUCCACAAUAAGCUGCCAGACAUACUGGCCAGCAUUGGAGAUGGAAAGUCCCAUCUAAAUGUCAUUGGAGUUGGAAGUGGAGCUGGUGGGAUUGACCUAGAGAUGCUCACCAAGCUCCAUAUGAAGCACCCAGGGGUGACUGUGGAUAAUGAGGUGGUGGAGCCUAGCAGCCAGCAGCUACAUAACUACAAAGUUUUAGUGUCACAGAAACCAGGUUUAGAUUACAUCAAAUUUACCUGGAACAAGAUGACUGCCUCUGAGUUUGAGGAGCAGUGGAAACUGAAAAAGAUGACAAAGAAAGCUGACUUCAUUCACAUGAUACAGAUGCUGUACUAUGUGAAGGAUCCUGAAGCUACCAUCAACUUCUUCCAGAGUGUCCUUGACAAGAAUGGGAAGCUUCUUAUCAUCCUAGUGUCUGGGGAGAGUGGUUGGGGAAAGCUGUGGCGGACCUACAGGAGCCAGCUUUGUAACACAGAAAUAAGUCAGUGUAUCACCACUGGAGACAUCAAAAGCUUCCUGGACUCCAAGGGAGUGAGCUACCAGAGCUACGAGCUGCUGUCUCAAAUGGAUAUCACCGAGUGUUUCACUGAAGGGGAUGAGAACGGAGAGCUGCUGCUCGAUUUUCUCACUGAGGUGCUGCAUUUCAGCAAGUCGGCCUCACCUGAGCUGAAAGCUGGUGUCAUGGAGUUACUUCGCCACCCAGACUGUAGUGUGGAGUCUGACGGCAAAGUUAUCUUUAACAACAACCUCGGAGUGAUAGUCAUAGAUCAGCCCUCUUAAGAACAGUUUGUUAGUAUAGCAAAUGUGAAAUUUGCAGUAUAUUGAUAAGAGAGUUGUUGAGUUUUAAACGGGAUGAAUGUUAAGAAUUGUACGUUGUAUAAUGAAUUAUAUAUAAUUAACAAGCUUUGGGGGAAAUAACUUGGUUUACAUGGUCAAAGGUACAAAUCUUCCACACCACUUGAACGAUCUCCAGGAGUCUCUCUUAUUUUUGGGUUAAUACAGUAUUAUAUAUUAAUUCUAUAUAAUCUUCGAUGCUUGUGCAAACAGAAAAUGGCUUAAUUGUAUUGUUUUUUCCAAACAGUUUGUUGCAUUGUCAUGAUCCACUCAAAUUUUCCAACAAAUGUAAAGAUAAGAGUUUUAAUCAGUUCGAGAUUUUAGCGGCGUAAGCUUUUAAUGGGUUACAGUUGGCAGGCUUGUGCUGCCAACCCCAUGACACUGAUGCUCUCAUUUGAUCAUAUUACUUUGGGAAUAUAAAAAAAAUAAAUGAAAAAUUGAACAUUUCA